GGGGCCGGAUUUGAACCGGGCGGCGGGGAAGCGGUGGCCGCGCACCGCCAUGGCUAAGCAGCAAGGCCGGGAGCAGCAGGGCAUCACCCUGCGGGGCAGCGCCGAGAUCGUCGCCGAAUUUUUCUCCUAUGGAAUCAACAGCAUCCUCUACCAGCGUGGCAUCUACCCCCCCGAGACCUUCACCCGCGUCCAGAAGUACGGGCUCACCCUCCUGGUCACCACCGACCCCGAGCUGAAGAACUACCUGAACAACGUGGUGGAGCAGAUGAAAGAGUGGCUGUACAAGUGCACGGUGCAGCGCCUGGUGGUGGUCAUCUCCAGCAUCGAAAGCAGUGAGGUCCUAGAGCGGUGGCAGUUUGACAUCGAGUGCGACAAAACCGCCAAGGAGGAGAGUGCACCGCGAGAAAAAUCUCAGAAAGCUAUUCAGGAUGAAAUCCGAUCUGUUAUCAGACAAAUAACUGCCACAGUAACUUUUCUGCCACUGUUGGAAGCUGCCUGUGCCUUUGACUUGCUGGUAUAUACAGAUAAAGAUUUGGUAGUGCCAGAGAAGUGGGAAGAGUCAGGACCACAAUUUGUAGCCAAUUCAGAAGAGGUUCGUCUUCGUUCCUUCACUACUACCAUCCACAAAGUAAACAGUAUGGUGGCUUACAAAAAGGAUUCCUUCCCCUAAGACAUGGAGGGGGGCGGCAUUUGUAUAUAUCCUCUCACCCUGUAUAGUUUGUUAAUAGCGCAGCUAAGCCAUGAACAUGUCAUUACUGUUGCUCUUGCUGAAGUAUAAUACAGAAAAAAAGGCAAUGUGUUUGUCUGUGAUAACGUGGUGUAACACUAGACUAAGGAGGCAUUGUUUUUAAAACUGUAUGAGCUAAUCUAAUGGUGUGUUGAACUACCACAUUCACUAGAAAAACUGCCAAAAUCUAGGAUUACCUGCCAGAAUUAUUUUCAGAUCCUGUUAUUUAGUAUUUUAAGAUUAUAAUAAACUACAUUCUAUUGAGAGGCUUAAGUUCUCUCUGGCACUAAAAAAAAAUAAUAAUCUCAUUUCCAACAUGCCCAUUCUUUGUUAAAAGCCUGGGCUGUUUUGAGAACCUACCCCAAAAUGAAUUAACAGCACAAUUCUGAAGUUACUUGUACCUCUUUAAGAUGAAAGCAGCUGUCUUACAAUGAAAAUCUUAAAUAUGCGAAGCCUUGUAUAUUAAUGACUGCUAGGCUUGAUUCUGGGGACAGUGAAGUCAGUUUGUCUAGUGUUUGUCAAGCAUUUUCUAUGUAUCAUUUUAUAGAUUAAAGGUUGAAAUUGUAUAGUGUUCUAAGUCAGAGCGUGUAUAAUGCUUUGAGAUGGUUUUAUAAAUCUUUUUUUCUAACUCGCAGAACACCCUCAGGGCAUCCUACUUUAUUGUUACUUUAACUGUGUCCUCCAAGUCUCAAAACACGCAUUGUGGAGUCAAUAUGAAAUCCAUUCAUGGAUUAAUAGCUUAUGUCCACUUAAGUCUUCAAGUAACAGUACAAAUGGUCACAGUGCUUUCCAUAUUUGUUAAAUAUACACAGGACUAACCUGCUUUUGUACUCGAAGUUAGGGAUUUAAAAGUGUGUCUAUAAAACUUUCAGGCUCUUCCAUUUUUUGCUCAUUUCCUUCACCAAAUUCACUUCAGCCAGAGUAUUUUAACUUUUCCCGCUCUUCUAGAGAGAUACACAAUUCUUCCUGUUAAUUUCAAAUGUUUAUUU